AUGCCUACCGAGGGCCUGGGGGGCGCGCCCGUGGCCGACUCCAGGAGCCAUUUUCAUGGUGUCGACUCCAUUCGAAUCGACUUCGAGGGCUUCGAUGUCGGUUCUCCACUUCGGGUUCCAGCUUCGGUCUGGAUCUCCGCGUGCAGGCCUCGGCUCGGGCCACCAGGCGCCGACUUCAGGACCGCGGACGAGAUCGAGCUCACGGGGACCCAGCGCACGACGCAGCAGGAGCCAACCUGGGCCGCGUGCGCGGCGGAGAGUCGACAGCCGCACGCGAGGCUCGUGCCCGCCGCCGGCGCCGGGGGCUGCCACGACAUGUGGGGCGAGGAGCUCGCGCUCGGCCGACACGCCGCGUGCGACGUGGUGCUGGAGGAUCCGAAGAUCUCCGCCCGCCACUUACGCGUCUAUUGCUCCGAGGUGGGUGGGCCGCGCCACUUCUUCUUAGAGCAGCUGGGCGCCAACGGCAGCUUCAUCAACGACCACCGCAUGAGGAAAGGCGACACGCGAACGCUGCAGCACGGCGACGUGGUCUCUCUCUGCACGCACGCGCGCGACGCGAGGCAGCCCCCGACAGUCGUAUUCCUCUUCGUCAUCCAGGGGCGCGCGGCGGUGGCGACGCCGGCGAGCGCUGCGACGCUGCCGCCCGCCCGCUUGCCGGCGGCGGCGGUGCAGCCCGCUGCUCCAUGCAGUGCUGGCGCCUCCAGCGGACCCGCGCCAAGCCAGACGGUGUCCGAGCGGUGGGUGCAUGACAGCUGGGACCUGAGGGAGGUGCUGGGCAGCGGUUUCUUCAGCAGGGUGCACGUCGGGCUGCAGGUGAAGACAGGGGAGCGGCGGGCGGUGAAAGUGGUGGACAAGUCGAAGUUCCUGUCAUUCCAGGCACGCAGCAGAUCGCACCUGCAGCUCAGCUCCGAGGCGGAGGUGCUGACCAGCCUUGAGCACCCCGGCAUCGUCCGCUUCCACGAGUGGUUUCAGACGGAUUCGCACUUCUUCCUCGUGAUGGAGCUCGUGGAGGGGGGAGACCUCCUGUUUUCGUCUUCCGACAUCAUGACCAACGGCUGCUACGCGGAGCGGGCCGCCGCGCGCCUCUUCGGGAUGCUCACCUCGGCCAUCGGUCGGAUUACCUGCACUCGAAGAGCAUCGUGCACCGGGAUCUGA